AUGAUAUUGUUCUUGGACAAGUAUUAUUGCAUACUGGAUAUCUAUCUAGUAAGCCUUUUUUUAUAUUUGCGUUUCAGAAAAGGUUUAAAGGCACCAGAACUGCAUUGGCUCUCUCUUCGCACAAGAAAACCCGAAAAAUCCAGAAAUACAAAGCCUGGAUGACGGGACAAGUGACAACGUACUUUUGACCAAUAGUGAAAGUGAUCGAAUAAAAAGUGAAAAUAUGGACAAUAAUACAGACGGGGACAACUUAAAUCUGAGCUGCGGGGAAAAUGACAUAGUGGAUGAAUUAAAAAUUGCUGCAGAUGAGACUUAUGACACACGUAGUGAAGUUUCAUCUAGCAGUUCAAAUUCUGAUUCUAGUCAACCAAGCAUAAGCUCUGUUUCAACAAAAUCUUCACGUGGAGAUAAUAAACGUAAUCGGAAAAACAGAGGGAAACGUGCUAGAUCCAGAGAUUCUAAAUCUUCUAGUCCUGAAACAAAACGUGCAAGAUCUAAGGAGAGCAAAGGAAUUACUAAAAGUUAUGAUUAUGCGACAAAAUUAAAUUAUUUGUUUAGAGAUGCAAGAUUUUUCAUUAUCAAAUCAAACAAUGCUGAAAAUGUCACACUAUCAAAGGCUAAAGGAGUAUGGAGCACAUUACCACAAAAUGAAGCCAAUUUAAAUCAAGCUUAUAGAGAAUCAAGGAAUGUCUUGCUUGUAUUUUCUGUAAAAGAAUCAGGAAAAUUUGCUGGAUUUGCAAGAUUAAGUACAGAAUCUAGAAGAGAUGGUGCACCAAUUUCUUGGGUAUUACCACCUGGAUUGUCUGCAAAAGCUUUGGGUGGUGUAUUUAAAGUUGAUUGGAUUUGUAGAAAAGAAUUACCAUUUACAGCAACACUGCAUUUAUAUAAUCCAUGGAAUGAUGGUAAACAGGUUAAAAUUGGACGUGAUGGACAAGAAAUUGAACCAAGAGUUGCAGAAGAAUUAUGCAGAUUAUUUCCAGAAGAUGAAGGAAUUGAAAUGACCCCAAUCUUGAGAAAAUCUAAAGAAGCAGCAAAACAUAUUAUGAAAUCUCGUUCAUAUCGGGAUAGUAGACCUGUUAAUAACAGUCCUAGAUUUUUACGCUCAAGAGGAGGUAGAGGGCGUAGACUCUUUUUAACUUCACGAUCUCGUUUAGCUUCAUUAGCUAGAGGAUCUCAUUUGGCUAGUAAUGAACAUAGAGGAUCGAGAGACCAUCAUCAUCACCGGUAUGCUACUUGGUUUAAUCGAAGUGACUCUCCUUACUCCAAAGGGUACGGUAGCACAGGAUUAGGUGUAGCUGCUGCAGCUGAAGCGUAUGUUGCAGAUUAUAUGCGUACUAUGCAACAUCAAUUGCCUCCUUUACCUCCUUAUGCUGCACCUCAUCCAUAUGAUUCUUUACCUCCGCCGCCGCCACCACCUAGAUAUUACGAUGGAUUACCAUUACCACCUGAUUACAGUGCUGCAGCGUCUGCUCUUGAAAAACGUAGUUACGAAAGGAGUGUAGAUGAAUUCUUAUGGAGAACAGCGAGUCGUCAUAGCCGACACAGUGAUCAUCGAUCCUCCCGUGAUCAUCACCACAGAUAUAGAGACCGUAGAUAAGAAAUUUUGAAUAUUAUUUUUGUUCAUUUAUUCUUUUAUUUCUUCAUUCAUGCACAUAUAGUAAGGGUUCUCAAGGUAUUGUUGAUUGACAUUUUUGAAUCAUGGCAAUAGUAAGUUUGAUCAUCAUGUAAUUAUUUGCAUUAAUAAUUCAAAAAAAGUAAAGUUAUAAUCGUAUACAUAAAUAAUUUUUAACAAAAUUAAUGUUAUGAUAUAAAUUGAUGGGAAAUAUGUUCAAAAGCAGUCAAUUGUUGACUGUACUAUUGAAAUUGUAAAAAUAACUUAAUUUUUAGUUUUGUAUAAUGAUAUGUAAUAAACAAAUUGUAGAAUUGAUUCACAAUUCAUUAGAUUUUGUGUCAUAUGCAUUUAGUAUGAAUAUAUUUUUUUAUUAACAUAAUUCACUUAUUCGUUUAAUCUUUUUAUUAUAUUCAAUUUAGGUACUAUUUAUAUAUUUUUGUAAUUUUUACACAUGUUGGUAUUUGAACUAUUUUACAAAUAAUUAUAAAAUUAUUGUGAAUCAAUUGAAUUAUGAUAAAUAAUUGUUUACAUCUGAUACGCUAAUUUUUAUAAUUGAAUUUCGUAAAAUAAUUAUGCCAUCUUAAUAUAGACUACUGCCAUCGAUAAAGAUUUAUUUUUGCAAUAAUCCAAAAUAAUUGAAAUGAUUGUAAAUCGUAAUAUCAAUCGUAACUUAAAAUUUAUAAAAAUAGUUGCAAAAAAAAAAUAUUUUGGUUAUAAUUAACAAUAUAUGUCACUCAUACAUUACAUAUAAUUAUUAAAACUAUUAGUUACAGAAACAGCCUAACACUGAAUAUGUAUUGAGAUCAUUGAUUUAUAUAUGUUUUUGGCGUUAUUUCGUAGUAAAGAUUUUAA